AUGAUGUCAUCUCCAAUUCCAAAAUCUCCGGAACAAAGUGACAAAAGUAAGAAAUACGACAGGCAAAUCAGACUAUGGGGUGACCAUGGGCAGAAGUUGUUGGAAAAUUCCAAAGUGUGUCUCAUUAAUGCCACUGCAUUGGGGACUGAAAUCUUGAAAAGCCUUGUUCUACCAGGAAUUGGAUCAUUUACAAUAGUUGAUGGUGAAAAAGUAACUGAAGAAGAUAUUGGAUCCAAUUUCUUUUUAGACAGUGAUAGUAUAGGCAUGUCCAGAGCUCAAGUUGCAACCCAAUGUUUGCUAGAAUUGAAUCCAGAUGUGAGAGGUGAUUAUAUAGAUGAAUCACCAGAGCAUAUCAUGUCCCACACACAAGACUUUUUCAAUAAGUUCACUGUUGUUGUUGCUACUGCUUUACCAGAAAAGACACUACUCCCUUUAUCAAGAUAUUUAUGGGAUUCAAAGGUGCCUCUGAUAGUGUGUAGAAGUAUAGGCUUCCUUGGUUACAUAAGGCUACAAGUGAAAGAACAUACUGUGAUCAAAUCCCAUCCAGAUAGUGAAAAUCCUGAUCUCAGGUUGUUGUCACCCUGGCCUGCUUUGAAAGAAUAUUUAGACAGCAUCAAUGUGGAAGCUUUGGACAAAAAAUCUAGGGCCCAUGUUCCUUCCAUUGUGAUAUUGUAUUAUUACUUGAACAAGUAUAAGGAACUACAUGGAGGUAAUAUACCGUCUUCAAGAGCAGAAAAAGAGGAACUUAGAAAAUUGAUAAGGGAUAGUCGAUUUCAUGAUGAACAUGGGCCAAAACUUCUGGAGGAGAAUUUUGAGGAAGCCUUACAUUAUGUGAACAAUUGUCUAAAUCCUAUCAGCAUUCCUCAAAAUGUUCAGAAAAUCCUGGACGACGACUGUUGCACCAACCUGACACAAUCGAGCUCCCCCUUCUGGACGAUGUGCGCCGCCUUGCGGGAGUUCGUGCAGCUGGAGGGGGCGCUGCCGUUGCGCGGUGCGCUGCCCGACAUGGCCGCCGACACGGACAGCUACGUCACGCUGCAGCGACUGUACCACAGCAGGGCGCAGGCGCAGAGCGAGGCGGUGUACAGAAGGGCGGCGCAGAUCGCGAGGAAUUUGGGGGUGGCGCAGGAAACGGUGACGGAGAGCGAGGUUAAGUCGUUUUGCAAGCACGCCAGCGAGCUGCACGUGAUUCGCGGUAGUUGCAUAGCUGACGAGUACCAGCGCACCAGCCUCGACCUCUCCUCAUACCUCGAGGACCCCGACAGCCUCAUGUUCUACUACGUCAUCCUCAGAGGCCUCGAACGCUUCAUCAGCGAGUUCAACACCUACCCCGGACAAUUUGAUGACCAGGUCGAACCCGAUGUGCUGAAGCUGAAGAGCAUCAUCGGCAAGCUGCUGGCGGAGUGGGGGUGCUGUCACGUGGUCAGCGACGAGCGAGUGCACGAGGUGUGCCGGUACGGGGGGGCGGAGCUGCACUCCGUGUCGGCCAUUUUGGGCGGUUGUGCCGCCCACGAGGUCAUCAAGCUGGUGACGCAGCAGUACAAGCCGCUCGACAACGCGUUCUUCUUCGAUGCGAUCACUUCUACCUCGGCGGCAUUUUGUCUUUAA